AUGUCAGAAACAUCUCCACUUGCUUCAAGAAUAUCAAAGCUGCAGGAGUCUGGAAUUUUCUGUACCAUAGACAUCGAUAGACUUGGAUACGGCUCAUUCACAACCACCAAGACUGCUGAUCUCAACCCUACAGUAAAGAAUGCAAAUAAACUCAGGUCAAGCAUAGAUUCUCUUAUGGCUCAGUCAAUGAAUGAUGGCAUAAAGGCACAAAUCGAAGUCAUUAUGCUUUAUAUAAAAGGAUACAUUGAAGAGAGUAAAACAAGAAGUGCGGUGCAUACCAUCAAGAUGUGGAAAGGGCUUGCAAAGUAUGUUUCAUCAGUCAUCAAAGCACUCAGCAAUGAUGAAAUUGCUGGAUUCAUCAGAUUUGUGCUCUUCAACAUCAAGUUUCAUUAUAUGUUUCUGGAGGCUUCGUUGAUUAUCAAGCAGAGUCGCAAGGGUACAAAUCACGAGGGAACACUGUCAUAUUUUCUCAAUGAAUACACAAGCAUGCAUGAGAUGCUCUCUUCGUCUGGAUCGCAGCAGUUUGCUAUUGUUCAGUUGUGUGAUCUCGAAGAGCUGAUUAAAAACAAAAUAAAUUCAAUAUAA